AAUGUGAACAUAACUAGAUAAAGAAGUCAACCAUCCCUUUUAACGACAACAACCCAAUAUCCCAUCUGAAGUACAAGAUAAAUCCAUCCCUUCUCAAAUCGCAAGAAUGACUUCGCAAGCAAUCAAGAAUAAAGUUGAGGAUGCGAUCAGUGAUCACGCGAUCAUAGUAUUCUCCAAGAGCCAUUGUCCGUAUUGCAAUUCGACCAAGAAAACUUUCAAAGAAUUCAACCAGGAAAUCCACGUUGUCGAGCUCGAUCAAUGUGAAGAUGGUGCAGAGCAGCAAGCUUAUCUGAAGACUAAGACUGGUCAAGGCACUGUACCCAAUAUCUUCAUUCAUAAGACUCAUAUUGGAGGUAACUCGGACUUGCAACAACUCAAAGAAAAGGGAGAGCUACGUAACUUGUUCCGUUGAAAGAAUUCUCUCUUCGGACGAACUGCCUGGACCGAUGGGGUUUGGUUUUGUAGCUUAUCAAGUCAACUCUCUCUAAUGGCAUACAGUUUGGCGGGCAGUUUUCUUAUGCAUUUAGAGGAAUAUGCCUUUACAAAUCUUGUUUUGGCUGGCAAAUCUCAUUUUGGCGGGAAAAAACUCCGUAAAAACCUAUGCAUUUAGAGGGAUUAUGCCCAUAAAAGGUAUGCCUUUAUGGAGAGUUGACUGUAUCUUGUAAUUGUAUUCACAUAAAGAGUUCUGUAGACCACACCUUGGCACGUAAACAAAUCAUUACUCGUUUGCUCUGUUCA